UCAUUUUUAUUAAAAGAACAGAGAAUGAAGAUCAAUAAAUGUACAAUCAGUACACUAUUGAAAAGGAAUGUGUGUAGACGUCACCUACAUUUAUUUAAGUAUUGUAUUCUUUUUACAUCAGAGUCAUCGUUAAAUUACGCUUUAAAUAGAUGUAUAAGCUGUCUAUAAACACUAGUGAAUAUCCAUUGAAAAAUAUAUGUUUAAAUAAUGAAUUAUCGUUCGAAUUUUUAACAGAUCUUUAAAAUAAUCUCAUGACGUGUCUGUAAACAUAUCUUAAAUGCGGAAGUAUGUACCUGUAUGAUUGACAUAACGAAUCUUAUUUUCCAAAGGGUUAAAGAUGUCAGAAAGUUGCAGUAUGUGUAGUUGUCGCCGUACUUCAAAACCUUCAGAGUAUUGGUGCCGUGACUGUAAGAGAGGACUUUGUAGACAAUGUAGAGAACGUCAUAAUUUAUCUAGAGUGAAUCAUACAACUAUUUUGAUUGAAGAAUUUAAUGAAAUUGCACAAUAUGUCGAUGAUUCGACCGAUUUCUGUAAUAAACAUUGUAAAAAAUAUCUACGGUUCUGUUCACUUCAUGAACAGUUUUGUUGUAAACAAUGUCUCGUUGAAAACCAUAAGGACUGAACGCAAGUGAUCAACAUCGAUGAAGUCCUAAAGAACAUAAAGAUGUCGGCAGCAUUUCAAGAAAUUAAUGGCUCCAUUGAUGAUGUUUCCGAAAAUAUUAAACGAAUCCGCAAAGAUAGGGAAGCUGCAAUGGAAACACAAAUACAGAAUACCAAGAGUAUUAUGAACCAUUUAAAAGAAACUAGAACAACAAUAAAUGCUCAUCUUGACGAGAUUCAAAACAUAUUGUUGCGAGAAUUAAAAGAAAUCACAGGUAAAGUUAGCAAAAGUACGCAAGAGCUGAACAAUAAGCUUGACAAAUUGAAGAACAAAUUAACUAAGUGUGAAACGUGUAUAAAUAAAGUUAAUAAAGAUGGUACUGAACUGCAGACAUUUCUUACAAUGAAAAGGAUAGAAAAGGAAAUCAAGCACGCAGAUAGUACUAUACAUUGUCUAAUUGAAGAUGGCCAAUUGGAUAAAGAUGACCUUAAAAUUGAAAUUCUGAAUUAAACAAAAUUAUACAAAAUGUUGAUAGUUUCAGAUGCGUAAUCAAUGAUGAUUUACAUUCGGACAUUCCCUUUGUCAAUCGUAAAAUGAUGCAAGCCCAGAUCGUGAUACCGCUAGCUCCUAAACGAAGCACAGACAACGUAACGCUCAACUACCAAAAAACGGUUAAGACAUGUGCAGAAACUGUUGAAGGUUGUAUUUUAUUACCAGCUGGCAAAGUUGUACUUUCUUGUUUCCAGCAAGGUAUUUUGACGUUUCUGAGUGAAAACGGUGAAACAGAUUUCAACCUUAGUAUGAAACCUCGACCAUAUGGAAUGACAUCUAUUGAUAACAACACAAUUGCCGUCUCUGCUGAUGGUUGUGUGCCAAACGUUAUCAGUGUAGUAAAUACAGACACAAAAUUGGUCGAAAACAAAAUUCCUAUCGAUUCUGAAGCACACGGUAUCGUGUCUAAGGAAGGUAAAAUAAUCUUUUGUGCUGGAAAAAAGGGCAUUCGAAUGGUUAAUCUUAAAACCAAUGAUAUUUCCACCAUUUUGGAAUGUGAACUGGAUGAUUUUUCAAGUGUUACAACAUUCUACGACAACAUUUUUUUUACUAAUAGACAUGCCCAGACAAUAACAUGUUGUGAUUUUAGUGGAAAUAUAUGUUGGAACUUCCAUGAAAGAGAUAUUCUUAAUGUACCAAAAAGUCUGGCUGUUGACAAAAAUGGCAACAUAUUUGUUGCAGACAUGGGCCAGAGUAAGGUCCUGAUUAUAUCCCCAGACGGGAAAGAACAUAAACAGCUUCUAUCGUCUGACGAUGGUUUAAGAAGGCCCACAAGUAUAUGUAGAGUACAUGAUACUUAUAUGAAAACAUUAAUGUUAAAAUGGUUAAUGUACUUCAAUUGA